ACAAUAUUCGCCAUGUGCUCUAGCGAUACGCGCGUACGCAAGCUUCGUUAGACAUUGACAGAGAUUGCGAACACAUGACAGACAGUCAUAUACAUUGUUCUCGUGACGUGAAUGUGAUGUGUUUUUGAAUUAAAACCACAAUGUAAAUUAAUGCUGAUUGACUAUUGUGUUCGAUAUUGAGCAGUGAUAAAUCGAAUAAAAAUUAGGUGCCAAGGAAAAUUUUAUAAGGAAACUUUAUAAAGGUUUUUUAUUAUAAUAAAAAAAAUGGACGAAAUGAAUCAAGUGCAGGCGCAUAAUUUGCUAGGCCUGAAAACUCAGACACCAAAGAGGAAAGACAAUGCUCUAACACGAACAUUACGAUCAUGUUGCUUUAUACCACAGCGUUAUAUUCUGGGAGUGAUGGGUCUCCUUGGUGUAUGCAAUGCGUAUACAAUGAGAGUAUGUCUUAAUUUAGCAAUAACACAAAUGGUAAAUCGAACGAAGAAUGGAAUGGAACACUUUGACCCGAACGCCUGCCCUAAUGACGAGGAAAUUGGCGGAAAUGCAACAACUAUUCUUCGACCAUACGCAACAUUUGACUGGGAUGAGAAAACGCAAGGAUUAAUCCUGAGCGGGUUCUACUAUGGAUAUGCGGCUACUCAAGUACCUGGAGGUUAUUUGGCUGAAAAAUUCGGAGGCAAAUGGACCCUGGGAAUCGGUCUACUUAGCACUGCUCUCUUCACAUUCCUAACGCCAAUCGUCAUUAGAGCAGGGGGAGCUACUUGGCUCUUUAUUCUACGCGUUCUUCAAGGAAUGGGAGAGGGUCCAACGAUGCCAGCUCUCAUGAUAAUGUUGGCGAGAUGGGUACCACCACAUGAAAGGUCCUUCCAAGGCGCGUUAGUGUUUGGUGGAGCUCAAAUAGGAAAUAUUUUCGGGUCUUUUAUGUCUGGAGUUCUAUUAUCCGAUGGUAGAGACUGGGCGUACGUAUUUUAUUUCUUUGGUGGAUUCGGCCUUUUGUGGUUUACAUUGUGGAGUCUUCUGUGCUACAGUACACCAAAUACUCAUCCCUAUAUAUCGAAAAAGGAACUGAACUAUUUAAACAAAAAUGUCACGACUGCAGAAAAUAGUACAACAAAGGACCCUGUGCCUUGGAAAGGAAUAUUGAGAUCGGCUUCAGUAUGGGCGCUUGUGUUUGCCGCUGUUGGUCACGACUGGGGAUACUAUACAAUGGUGACAGAUUUACCGAAGUACUCCCACGAUGUUCUCAAAUUCAAUAUUGCAACAACGGGUACCCUCACCGCGCUACCUUAUAUAGCGAUGUGGGUAUCUUCUUUCCUCUUCGGGUUCGUUUGUGACCUUUGCAUCAAGAAAGGAUGGCAUACGAUUAAAACUGGAAGGAUCAUUCAUACUACUAUAGCCGCGACUGGACCCGCAAUUUGUAUUAUCUUAGCGUCCUACGCCGGAUGCGACCGAGUCGCUGCAAUGGUUUAUUUCAUUCUAUCUAUGGCUCUCAUGGGAGGAUUUUACAGUGGAAUGAAGGUGAACGCGUUGGAUCUUGCGCCGAAUUAUGCCGGUUCGCUCACAUCGCUCGUUAAUACAACAUCUACCUUCGCUGGAAUUGUGACACCGUACCUUAUUGGGUUAUUGACACCUGACUCAACUCUGGUACAAUGGCGUGUAGCAUUCUGGGUGUGCUUCGCGGUACUCGUGGGAACAAACGUGGUUUAUUGUAUCUGGGCAGACGGUGAACAACAAUGGUGGGAUGACGUCCGUAAAUUCGGCUAUCCACAGGGCUGGAAACAUGGACCCCUCAUACCUGACGAGCCUGAACAGCCUGAGUCCGUGAGAUUGUCUAGUAAAAAGGCUACCGAUGACGCGUUUUAGUCCUGAAGACUUAUAGUGCCACUGACAUAUCAUAGUUAUUUUAUUACCUAAUAUUUUAUAAGAACAACCAUCUAUAGAUGCUUUUAUUGUACAUUAUUGACUGAUAUCAUUUUUAUCUGAAGAUGAUAAAGUAUGAGAAAGAAGAAAUUCUUAACACUAGGUUUUUCAGAUUUUUGGUAGCAAAAAAAUUUAUCAAAUUGAUAUUGUCGAUGAUACCACCGAUGUUAUGAAUGAUGAAUAAAUUUUUUAAUUGUUAUAAUAUUGUUAAAUCAAUAAUACAUAUAAAAGCAGUACAAAUAGCAAUUAAGUUGAAUUAGUAUUUGCUAGUCAGGAUUUCAUUGAUAAUAAUAAAGUGUUAAAAUAUUCGACAUUUUUUUGACAACUCUAGCAGUUGAUAAUGUCACAUAGCUGUUAACGUUGAUCAAAAAUGUUUGCACGUAAACUGAUCUUCGUAUUGUUGUUUAAACUUUAUAAGUUUUUUAGCAUCACUUCACUAUAUUCGUGCAUUGUGCUUUUCAUUAAACAUUCCAAGAUAUUUAUGUCGUCUGAUUGGAAACAAAAUAUUGUAACUAUUUUAUUCGUAUCGAACUCAGUUUUGGUUUUAGACAAUGAUUAAUUUUUUUGGUCAAUUUGAAUUAUUACGUUUAAUGGCCUUUCGAAAACGCAAGUUUGGUUAGAUGCGCAAUGUAUGAUGAGUCUUAAAUACUCCUAGAGUACAAUGUAAAGAUACCAACUGGAAAAACAUGUACCUAUAUAGUGUUAAAAAAACAUUAUUGGAUUUAAAAAAAAUUGUAAUACUCGCUAAA